AUGAAGCUCGCCAUGACUCUUGCCCUGGUCACCCUGGCUCUCUGCUGUAGUCUUGCUUCCGCAGAGGUCUGCCAGAGCUUUCUAAACGUCACGGAAACCCUCUUCACGGGCACGCUUUCCAGUUACGAGGCCGCCGUUGAACCUUUCUUGCCAGACGCGGGCAUGAAAGACGCGGGGAUCCAGCUGAAGAGGCUGGUGGACACGCUUCCUCAGAAGGCCGAGGAGAGCAUCUUAAAGCUCACGGACAAAAUCGUAAGAAGCCCACUGUGUGCUUAG